UCCACCUCCACUCUCCCAGCGUCUCAGCUCUGUCGCCUCACCUCUCUGCUUUUACUUCCCCGCGGGAGCCGGUCAUGAACACCAAGCCCUCGCUGGACGGGAGCGCUGACGUCCUGAAGAACAGGGAGGCUCAGGAGAUCCCCCCUCUGAGGAACUACCUCUGUCUCACCAUGUUCACCUGUUUCUGCCCUGCGUGGCCCAUCAAUAUUGUGGCGCUGGUUUUCUCUGUGCUGGCCCAAAAGAGUUACAACGAAAAGGACUAUGACGGCUCCAAGCGGCUGGGUCGGAAAGCCCUCCACCUGGGGAUUGUUUCUUUUAUCAUUGGCUUUGUGAGCAUCACUGCGUACAUCGUUGUGCACUUUACUACGCAUGUGGUGUGAGCUCUUGAGGAGGAAGACGAGGUGGAAGUAGAGAACAGGUGAAACUGUCACAGAGGGAUCCGCUCCAUGGGAUGCAAAGGAUCUCUGCUUUGCUUGUGGCACCGACAGCUCUGGAGGUUUUGUAAGAGCUGGCUGAGUCUCACUUUACUGCCAAAUACGCCUUGGUUUCAGUUACUGUGCAGAUGAUAUUGCAAACACAGUUUUUGUAUUCGCAAGGUGAAAGGAAUGAUCAUGCAUUUGUCUCUAUGAAAGAGGACCCUACCAAUACUGUUUGACAACUUCCAUUAAAUCUUAUUGUUUACUGUAGCUAUUAAUAACUUAUUUCUUAUUAAUUGUGAUCUAACACUGCCAAUUAAA